AUGCUGGAUCAGUGAUGAUCGUUCCCCUUCGUGUCAAUUGCGAACAGCCGUUCGUAUUCUCUGGACGCGUUAAUUAACCGGCUUACCGGCUCGCGACGAUCGGUUACAAGGUUUUUCUGCCGGGGGGUUUGGGGGGGACUUGACAAAUUUUUACGACGAAGUUCAGACUCGAGUGUCCAGUUCCGUGCACUAGAUUCGUGACAGUUUUCCAACGACGUGGAACUUGUUCGUCCGUUCAGUGACCGUGUUGGUGAACAUCAUCCGAGGCAACAGUUCCUCUAACCUCUCGCGAGCGGAAAUCUGUCAGCGUUUUUCCAAGAGACAUCGACAUUGAACGAAACGCAAGACCGUUCCGUGACGAAGGUCGUGGUGAAAAUCGAACAUCCCCGAACCGACGGGCGCGGGUCGAGCUACUCCAAGACACUCGAGGUCGGCUCGUUAGCCGCCCAUCGAAGGCAAAAGCCGGUCGAUAACGUUAUCUAACCGCAGUAAUUGCAACUUGUGUUGCAACAACCGGCCAUUGUCGUCGAACGAGGCUCCGCGGGUACGACAACAAACGGCAGUGACCGCGUGUCAACAGGUGAUACGAUCGAGCCGUUAUCGGCGACCCUGCUUGAACGGAAGGUCGUCGUACGAAAGGGUGGAGGAGAGUAACGAUCGCAUCGGGGAUCGAACUAACGAUAAUUGCUCGGUCCGGGCUAAUAGGUGGCUGCGAUAGCUGCUCGAACAGUUUCGUCGCCCGAUAAGGUCACGCUCGCGCGUGCUAGGAGGCAACAGUGCGCGAUAACGAUUAAACAGAGAGUGGAAAGGGGCCUCUCGUCUGGCGCCUUGCGUCUUCGUUAAAGUGACACGUCGCCUUGGCCAAUAAAACGACAGACGGUCUCUAAACCGAACGGAAUCGGCAGCUGCUCACCCCGAGCGCCCCGUUCGUUGCUCUCUUUGGUUUAAUUUCAGGCCCAAGUAGGCGGUCCGCGCGUCGGGGCAAAAGUGAUCUCGAGGUAGCUUCGUACCCGAAACGACAGUUCGUCUCUAUGUGCGUCUGUGUAAAGGGAGUUGAUCGGAAAACGAUGACCAGCUGGAACUGAUUCGACCGGGGGUGUGCAGCUAGAGACGUCGGGAUGAUGAUGGCGCCGCAGGUCGUGGGUGUCCUGUUGAAGAAACCAGGACAGCAGGGCCACCCACGCUUUCCACCGUUGGACCCGCAGGAGACGAAAAUACGAGGCGAGCUGUACGUGGAGGACCUAGGAGAGAGGCGGAUCGUUUCCAUCAGAAUGGGUUGGCUGUGGGUUGAGGGUACUCCGAUGAGGUUGCCACUGAGGGCGUUGAACCUGCGUCAGGCAGCACCCAGCCUCUGUCAACCUCAUGCAUUGGCGCUUGGUUUCAUGCUGAGCAACUCGCAGGACCACACUCUUGCCACAUUUUGGGCUGACACGGAACCAAUCUACUGGUCGUGGGUCAGAGCAAUCGCGGCAGAACUGGUCAGGCAGACGCCGUUCCGAGCCCAGCGUUGCUUGAACUUCCUAGAGAUCCUAACCAUCUGCCCGAGAGGACCCGUUCCGCUCCCCGACAGCCCCACAGAGUCCAGAAGACGUUCUCGGAGCGAGUUGCGUUGCUGGCCGGGCGAUUCCCCGACGGAGAAGGACACCAGGAGCUCGACGACGAUACUGGAGGAGUCCAGGAGAAGGGCCAGAAGCGAGUUACGUGGCUGGUCGAGUAGUAACUCGAGCGACGAGGACCUUCUCGGAGAGUUUCGCAGCAUACCGACGAUAAUAACGAAAGAACCGCCGGUGACCAGAGUUUGGGGUUGCAGCGAGAGCAGCGAGGGUAGCGACGACAGCCUCCCUUGGGGCGGCGUGUGUCGUUCGAGCGUGGAUUCCGUGGACUCGACGGUGUCUAUUCCCGAGCCAGAGACCAGAGAACAAAGAAUCCAGAGGUACAAAGAGGCAAGGAGGCGGGAGAACGAGGCCAGAAGCAGGAGAGUAUUGGAGGAGGACGCGAGGAAACGGAAAGCAAGGGCCGAAGAGAACAAUAACGAAGUCGUGAAGACGUACGGUUCCAGCAGAUCGAGGAGCAGGGUCUAUUCUGGAAACGACAACGACGACUUUUGUCUGGCGCCGAUGAAGAAGGAGCUAGACGGUGCUCGCGACACCUCCAGAUUGAGGAACGAGAAGGACGUUAUCAGCAGACUACCGCCGGUGAAGCCGAGCGAGUGCUCCACGGUGAGAUUCGAGGACGACCAUCGCAACGAGGACGAUAAGAGGAACAACAACAGCCCCAAGAGCGGUAACACGAGUCCCGGGAUACUGAGAACGGAUAUCAGCGAAAGGAGAAGCAGAGCCAGGGAGAGAAGGAGCACAAGGGAGAAGGGGCAAUUGUUACAAACGCAACAGAUCACGAGCACCACCGUCGAGACGCUUCAAGAAAGAAUGGAACGCCUGGCUCAAUUAUCGUCCAGGAUCCCGAUACCCCGUCAACUGACGCAAACCACCGCCAAGCCAGUCGAGAAUUGUAACUCGACCUCUCUGCCGAGGUCCUCGACUUCUCUGUUGGUCUUGACUAACCCCCCGCGCGAGGAGGACGUGGCCAGGCUCUUGGAACGAUGUCAGAGGGUGGAUCACUACGUGCCAGUCAGAGAGAAACUAACGUUGUUCGAGUCACUUUCGAGAUUAGGCGGUCGACUGGCCAGGAGCACGGAGGAUCUGGGUCGCACGUCGUCGAAACCGAGUCCCAGAGGGAAACAACGCGCCAGAUCUCUCCACGAUCUGAACAGAGGAGCCAGAGCCGUACCCGUCAGAGAGAUGUGCCGAUUCUUCGAGGGCGACAUCGAGCAAGAUCCCAAUCAGAAGUCCCCCUCUCUCGUCAAGACGAGAUUCAGCGAUCCUUUAACGCCCACCAGGAGCCCGUGGAAGGAUCCCGCGAGCUCCAAAUGCAACGAAGCGCCGUGCAUCAGAUCGUCGACGAGAAAGAAACAUUACUUCAAGUAACGCGACGCGUCGGAAAACGUACUUCGGGUUUCUGUUUCGCGUGAGAAAUCGCCGCGCGUUCGAAAGCUGGGCUUUCCGAGUCUCACGGCGGGCUCCGACGCUACGGAGUGUUGCGAAAAACUAGCGGAAUACCGAGUAAACUAGGCUUUCGAAGUUGUUUGGGAUGUGCUAAAGUUUCCAUUGUUUUUACAGGAGGUUUAAAGAAAAAACACGUGCAAUUGGAGUCGAGUCUUCUUUGAUGACGUUGACAACACCUCUUGGUGGUCAUCGAUCGUCAAUUUCCACGCUUGAAUCUCGUUAUACGCUUGCUAACGAUGUUAAAUCUGCAAGUAUCGUUGAUAUUCGUGGCAACUUUUUAUGGAUAAAAAACACUUUAACAAACGAAAAGAUAAAUUUCGUUUGAACGGAUUCGAAAAUAACAGAGUUACGUUGGAUAUUGACCUUAUAAGAAUAGACAAUUUAAUCCUCUUCGUUAAGUGUUUAGGAGGUGAAGGAUAAAUAUCUCUCAUUGAGAAGAAUCGAGAUUUAUCAGAGAUAGUUACAGUACUUGAUUAUUAUUACUCUAGCAUAUUUCGUAUAGACAAUUUUUGUUAAUACUUGAAUUUUUAUUAAUAUUAUAUAAAAUAAUAAUUCUUUAUUUAACGGGUCGAUCCCCCUUUGUAUGCACGUAAAAAGAAAAAGAUAGAUAAAAAGUAACAUAGAGUAAAAGAGAGCGGACGUGAAACGAAUUCGAAGGUCGCGGGCAUUAUUCUUAGCUAAUAAUAUAGAUCAAGGAUAUAGUCGUAUAUUGAAAUAUUACGAAGCAUUCGGACACGUUUAAAAAUAACUUAUUUCGAAUGCGCUAAACCAGCGGAAAAAUGACUUACGGAAUCGCCUAUACUCGAGCGAUGGAAACUUUUGCACACCCCUAAUAUAUUAUAAGCUGGCUCGAAACACGGUUAAUGUUUGUCAGUGAUCUAGACUCGAACCAGCUCCUCUGUUGGCCGCAAUGAAUCGUCACACUCGUGUCGGGAGAAAGUCGCUGCCCGGAGCAGCAUUUUUUGCUCUUCAGGAUUCAAACUGUGCUCGAUUCCCAGCGCGAGUGAAGUUUCGAUCGACUGUUAAAUAUUCGUCGCGACUCGAUCUACGCGGAAGGAAAACGGUGAAAAAUUUAAAGAACGUCUCGCGCCAAUUUCUAAUCCGCGAUCGUGUAAAUUUCUGUUAUUUAUUGCGUUCGUGCCGUUUUCGUAGAUAACACAAAACUCGACGAGACGCUCGAACGCUAUCCGAUGUCACGAAUCGACGGUGUAUCGGAUCGAGAAAUGAAGAGAGAGAGGUAGGAUCGAAGAAACCGGUAAUUUCCAUUCACUCGAGCGAUCGCUGGGACGCUCAACACCUGACGAAUGCAACUCGAAGACGAUCUGCGCGUCUCGAUCUUUCUAUCUUCGGUCCCUCGGUCGCGUUUCUGCUCUCUGCCUAAUUGAUAAUAUCCAAAGAAUCGUUGCUUUUUAAAUGGAGAUUGCGUAGCUAAGUGGUGCAAGAGAAACGAAAAUUUCACGUCUCUAAAAAGAGAUUGUUUCCUAGUUAAGUUAUAAGUGGUUGAAUUUUCCGGGCAUUUUUAGAGUUCCAAGUUUAAGUCUUCUUUCAGAGCAACGAUAACGAAUCAAAAAUCUUUCAUAUGACAGAACCAGGAAGAUUAAGGCGGAGAACAGGAUAUUCACAUUUGUAAAUUCAAUUUUUAUUUAUACUACUAUUAAUGAGUUAAAAGUAUCUAAGAAAUGAAUGAGAUUCUAUUGUGUUCACUUUCUACAUUAACUGUUAUACAUGAACGUUCUUAUAAUUUCCGUCAAAAAAAUACUCCACAAAUUGGUUCUUCCAUCAGCUGUGUAGUAUAAUACAAUUGCCAAAGUAUUCAGUUGAAAACAAGUGAAAGCAAAAUACAAUAAAAUUACUAUUUCAUCUAAAAUGUAUAAAAUAUGUGCCAUUAACAAUAUGCAAAUGGCGGUAGUUGGGUUUUACAGACUCGAAUCUUAAUACUUUGACGGCCGCUGUCACGUAUACGUGAUUUUACUACUUCGUUCACAUUCAUAAUUCCUUAUUUAUUUUAUUUGUUUAAAAGUAAUUGAUAGUUCAUCUAGUUAAAUUCAAACAAGUUGACUGAAAAUUUCAAUUCCUAUAAAUCAUAAUUCAAGAAUAGUUCACAAUGAAAGUUUCUGUGAUCAAAGAAAUACAUGACAAGCUCUGCGAUUUAUCAAACUAUGUGGAGGCAAUAUUCAAAUAUUUAUAAAAUGUUGAAUUUAAAAAUUUCAGAUCAUAAAAUAAUUUCAGCGCCAUUUUGUGUUAAGAACAUUAACAUCGUAAAAAAUAGGGAAGAACGAAUGAAAAUAACUGUCACCUGACCGUCGUUGGAUCGUUAAUUUGCCAUCACUGGUCUAGAAAGGUUAAGAAUCGUUGCAAAAUCUCGGAAUCGAUCAAAGAAUUGCACCAUUUUGCUGCGAAGGGAUCUUCGAUCGUUAGUUUCGUAUAUAAAUUGAUCGAUGGUACUUCGUUGUGCGCGUAAAAAGAAGUAAAUCCCGUUCGAUUUGCUCCUCGUUGCGCGAUCGACAGCCGCCAUUGUAAAUAAUUAGUAAAAAUGGAGGCGGGUGAAAACGUGGCUGGCUGUCGAAGUUCGAACAUCCCGUUUCGAUGACUGACGCGUUAAAUAAUGUCGACUUCCGGUUACCUCUUAUCCGGACGAUAAUUUCCAUUUUUGUUUCUCUCCCGUACUCUCUCUCUCUCUCUCUCUCUCGUUGAAUCCACGUUUUCUGUUCGAGCUUUCAAUUGGGUCGCGCGAACGGUCCUUCAACCGUACAAUGCGUCUCGUAACUUCUUGGUCCAUGCAAAUUAAUUACAGUGAAGCUAAUUGAAACAGGAGAAGGGAAAGACAACGAACGACGGUCGAGUCGACGGUGUCACGUUUUGUAAGCGGCAAGAAGAAGCAAACUGAGACGACGAUGUAAUUUACCGAAGUAUCGCGUGUCGCGUACACGGAACCCCUCGGAAGCCAAACUGAUCAAUUCCACGGAGUACGUAUAAAAAAAAAACCGAUAUUACAAACGUAGUUUCAAGACGUUGCUCCGUUAAAAUGAAUUCGCAAAGAGGAGAGAAAAAAGUAAAAUAAAACUGAUAAAACUAAUAAAAUUUAAUAACCUAAAAUUCGUCAAACUUGAUAAAAGCUAAUUACAGGUACAUAUAAAUGAAAAAUUGAAUUUAAAAAUCGAUAAACUUGCUUCGUCACCCUGGAGUGAUCAAUUCUCUCUGCAGCUAAAGCACGUUUAAUUUCUUUGAUUUUCUUUUUUCAUGUUUUUUCCAGACUUUGUCCUUUCUCUUUAAAAAAUGUUUCCUUCGUAUGUAUAUUCUAGGCAUCUUUAGAGAAAUAAUAUGGGGAAUAGUCUCAUGACAUUUCACAAUACUUGACAAUGGGGUAACUUCCUCGAUUUAUCUAGACUAUCUUAUCUCGUGAGUUUACGUUAACUACGCUGUAAAUAAAAGAUCAUGAUCAACAGAAAACAUGCAAAUUCUUACGAUAGUUCCUGUGCAACAAAAGGCGUAAUUUACACUAGGCAACAUUAUAUUCUGUCCUUUCCUCUAGGUGACAUGAAAAUCAUGAAUAUCACUAUUAACAAGAGACAUACAUUUAGCAAUCUAGCUGCUAGCUAUUAGGAAAUCAGUGUUACUGCCUACCUAUAAUUAAUUUUCCUACUUUCGCCUCUUCUUUGUGAAUUUAUUUUACGUUAACGAGCAAAAUGAUUACGUCGCAUUAAAUUGUUUCUUAAAUUUAAGUUAAAAUUCAGUUUGAUUCAAGGGAUUAAUGGUUGUUGUUUGUCGUGGCCUAUCGAUCGUCGAUAGCCUCGAAACGUUGAGUCGUUACCGAGAAAAAAAAUUAAUGCUAAUUAACAAAGUGCCAAAAAUGUUACGUUUCUUGCGAAGAAAAAAGGAUGAAAGUGUAUAGAAAAAAAUUAAUUAACGAGUAGAUUUGUACAUAUAACUUUUCUUGUUUUAGGGUAAAUCGAUUGAAAUUGAAAAAUAUAUAUUUCUGUUUCGUGGUUCGUGUCUCGGUUGUUUGAGAUCGCGGAACGAUUAUUUAUUGUACAUGUGUAAUACGCGUUGUUAAUAGUCACGUUUAUGUUGGUUCUGUAAGAAUCGGUCGAUUUCUUGAUCGUGAAUCGAAUGUAUAAUAUAGCGUUCCUUUUCAAAUCGCGUACGAUGACGAUUUUUUUUUUUUUUUUUUGUACAGCGAACUAAAUUAAUUUAGAUAAAAAUCGCCUUCGCCGAUCAAAGAUUUUCGCCUUUUAUUUUCGUAUUUUCGAAGGUAUAUAUACGCAUAUGUAUAGAGAUAUAUAAAAAUUGUGUACGAUUGUGUGACAAUGUACGAAAUGCGAUUCAGUGUGCUUUGCGUAUAAAACUGUAAUCCGACGAAAGUAUAAUGGAAACAAAUAUGUAUAACGAUCGCUAACAGAAUGUGUUAUUUAAACGACGGCGUAACGACCGAGACUUGUCGAUUAUCUCCGCUCGAAUCGUUGCUCGGAUCGACGCGUUUUCACGAUGAAAUUCGCGAGACACGGGAUCGCAAAAUUUCUAAUCGUUCGACUAAUUAAUCUCAAGAGAAAACUUUCCCAUCGAUAACGACCGAUUUCUGUUUAUUUAUUUAUACUGAAACAUGCAACGAUGCAACGGAGUUCGAGAGGACAGUCAUCGAUCGAAAUAUCAGGGAGGUCCCAGAAAAUAUUGCGCAGUUUACUUUGCUACCUGGUUACUGUUAAAUCAUUCUAUCGUUGGAAAACUCUUUUCGAACUAAUUAGUUCGAGAUGCAACAAAGAUCAAAGCUUGGGAACUUUCGUGCCAUUAUUGGAAACGAAGCUGUAAUUGUAUAUCAAAGACUAUAAUUCGGCUAGUGUAUGGUUAAAAAUUUCUUGCCUUUUUCGAGUAAGAAAAUUCUUUUUAAAAGAAAGAAUGAUUGAAUGUCUGUAGUUUCUUGCGUGAAAAAUAAUGGCGUUGCAGGGGGCCCAAAGAUCGUCGUGUUAGAAAUUAUUCGUAGUUGUGGUCCGUGGCGGAGAUCGAAGGGGAGGAUCUUACGAAAAAUCGCGUAAAAAUUUUACGAUAGUUCUAUACUUUCUAACGAACAAAAGAAUAGCUUUAAUUUGUUUCAUCAACGAAGGGGGGCUUGAGCUCUUGUAAGCCCUCCCUUGUAUCCGCCACUGGGUUACGAUUAUCCUUAGCCCUUACGUAGUCGCGCAAGGAGGCAGAAAACUAGAUCGACUCUUUUUUAAUAAAGUUACAAAAAUAUUGCAUACAUUACUUACAGGACGAAGAUAACGAAAAACUACUUGUAAUGGUACUUGUAAUGGGCCAUUACAGACCAUGGCGCGCCUACUUAAGAGUUAAUAUAGUAGUUUACGUGAUAAAUAGUUAAAUUAAUAAAGUGAAGUUAUAAAAGCAGUAUUUUCUGGACCACCCUAAUGACAAAGACGAGUAAAAUUCUAAUCUAGUUAAAAGUGUCGAGUAUAAAAAUUUAAAGGUAAGAUCGAAUAAAAUUUUGCCCGUCUUUGAUAGUUGACAAAAGCGUGUCCCUGGCCGACAAGGUUCGAUCGCGACGUCGAUGCAAGCCGACGACCGUGCACACAGGAUGAGUGGAAGAACAACCCCUUGCAGUUCGGAUCGUCUUAUCUACGGGGCUCCUUGGGCCACACAGACGCAUGGAAGAGGUUGACGUACGGUCGUCUGUAAAAAUGUGGUAAUUCCGAGCGGUCGGACGGGCGAACGUGAGAAGUCAUCCGAGCGCAGAGGGUUGCAGUAGCUGGUGAAAAAAUGGAAAAAUCUCGAGAGGCAGACGUUGUUCUGCGAAAACCCUGUAAAACCGGUCGAUCGCCAAAGAGGUCCUCUAGUCCCUCGUCGGAGGAAUCCGUAAAGCUACUCCCUGGCCCCGCGUAACGCGACCCCUACCUAAUCCCUGCAAUACGUGCGAUCUGCCUCGGCUGGAAAUUCGUACGGGUAACCAGCGGAGCUUUCCACGUCCGUGACCAUGCGUAAUUAUAACAGAUCACGAGAUAUUUGUAUUUACGUUUGUUGUAAUAAAAAGGAACGAAUAA